AUGUUAGCUAGGUUCGGAUGCCCGUCGUCAUGCAAACCAGCAAGCAGCCGCAACUACUGCAGCAAGGCACCAGCAGCUGCGAUGAGCACCAGGAGGUGUCGGAGCGCGGUGAAUAGUAGAUCAAUGGUGGCCGGGCGGCGGGAGGAGGAGGAGGAGGAGGAAUGGAUGAGGUUCGAGGUGCUCGCGCAUCUGGAGCCGUGGGCCGAGGCGCACAUGCUGCCGCUGCUGAAGCCGGCGGACGAGGCGUGGCAGCCGUCGGACCUGCUCCCGGACGCGGCGGCGUUGGGCGCGGAUGGCUUCCACCAGGCGUGCCUCGAUCUCCGCGCAAGAGCGGAGGGCGUGCCUGACGCGCAGCUGGUGUGCCUGGUGGGCAACAUGGUCACCGAGGAGGCGCUCCCCACGUACCAGAGCAUGUCGAACCGCUUCGAGGCCACCCGCGGCGCCACGGGCGCCGACGGUACCGCCUGGGCGCGGUGGAUCCGCGGCUGGUCCGCCGAGGAGAACCCGCCACGGCGACGUGCUGAGCCGAUACAUGUCGCUCUCCGGCCGCCUCGACAUGCGGCAGGUGGAGCGCACCGUGCACCGCCUCAUCGCCUCCGGCAUGGCCAUGCACGCUCCGGCGUCCCUCCUACCACGGGUUCGUCGACGUCGCCUUCUAGGCGUACGGGCUGA